CUUCCAUCUCGUCCGCAACAUCCAUGUCGCUCAUAAGCGAUACGGGCUACCUUGUACACAAUCUCCGCCUCUCCUACCUUCGUCAUGUCGACGACCCUGCCGGUGGCAGAAUAAUCUCAUUUAACACAUCCUAUGUCUCCAACCCAUAUAUCCGCACGGCAUCCAUGCAUGAUCCUCAACGAUGGCCGGAGCUGGAAUACCCAUCCAGCCCGCAAGCUUCGGACGAUGAAGACGAAGGCCCUGCCAAGAGAGCUCCCCAGCGCAAUGCGCGCUUCGGUGGUGCAACGGGUCUCCGACACACCCAGACGAUCAUGGGCAGACGCUCUGGCGGGAUGGGUAUGAACGUUAACGCCAAUCGCACAUCGACAUCCAAGCGCGCCUCUCGCAUACUGGCCGCACAGCAGGCGCAAGCUGACGUGGAGGACGACAGUAGUUCACAAGCGCCCACCGCGCGCCCGAGCAUCGAUGACUCUCAGCAGCGGCCCAUCAACGGCAAUGCAGAAUCGGCAUCUCAGACUGCUGCUGGAAAUGCCUCAACAACUGGAGAGCAAGCCCCAGCGCCGCCGCCGAGGCCAGUUCAAGUCCAAUUCAUACCCAAGUUUAAGGGUGCAGCCGAGAUGGAACGUCGACGCAUGGCCCGCAUGCGACUCAGGAGAGGGCCUAUCCCUGUCGACGACAAGCCUCAGGUCGUAGUUACGGGCAAUCUCAAUCCAGAGGACAGCUCGUCCUCGGAGGAACCAGAGGUCAUGUCAUCUAGUGAUAGCAUCGACAGUGACUUCGACAUUGUGAACCCCCCUGAGAAUGGCAUGGAUGACGGAGAUGAAUUCGACCCCGACUUUGCUGCGACUCGAACGCCUGGUGGACUCUCUGAUACAGCUUCAGAUAUGGGCUCCCUUCUCUCCGGAACCGCGCCUGCAACCUCUCCCUCUAUUCCCCCUGAUUCCCCCCAUACCCACCGCCGUACUCGCUCCCGCUUAAGUCCUGUCUCAGAAAGUAGCGCCCCCAAUGGCCGCCCCAACCGCGAGGAGGGCACCUCCCCUUCAUCAGACUACUUUGAAGUUGUCCGCCCGCCUAAUACCAGGCCCGAUCCUGCCAUUCACGUUACUGCCCCUAGUGCCAACAGGCGCACGUCGAGUUUGCGUCCGCGUGGCGUGUCUAUCCUACAAGGCAUCGGAAGACCUAAUGGUACUGUGGAGGGCGACGAGGGAUCGCCUUCUGACCUGACCUUCGCUCGGCGCCCUGUUCCCUCCGCAUUGUCCAAGAAGUCGGCGCUUAGCGCUGCCCUUGUUUCUAGCGGUGGUUCGACGAAUCCGUUCAGCGAGCUGUACGCAAGCAUUUCGGGAAGGGGUGAGACCGCAUGCAUGGACGUUACCGUGUUCUUCCCGCACGCGACCAAGCCUGCGGGCCGCCCGAUGAACCUAAGCGUCCGCAAAGAUGCGACAGUAGAAGAAGCCGUCGGCUUUGCUCUGUGGAAUUACUGGGAGGAGGGAUGGCUACCCAAACUCGAUGAGGACCUGAAGGACGAGGAUGACAGUCCCUAUCUGAAGGCGAUGGGGUGGGUUAUGCGUAUUGCGGAAGACGAUGGAGAGGUGGACGAGGAUUUUCCUCCUCCCGACCGGACUGGCAAGAUCUCUAAAUUUAACAUGGACGCGUAUGCUGUUCUCCGUGCCACAGCCACACAAAUCAGGCAGAACCAGGAACUCGAAACGAUGAUCGCUCGACGCCCCUCCCGCGUUAUCGCAGCUCCACGCAGGCCCUCUGAGAACACGGCCGCCAAUGUGCAUCCUGCCCCUCCCGGCGUUGGCGGUGGUGCACUCACCCUUCCUAACUUCGCCGGCUUAGGUGCAAUCUCUGCACACGGUAGCACACCUAUUCUCUCGUCCUCACUCGGUCCGUCGUCAAGCCAUGGUCCGCAGGUGUUCUUGCGUAUCCAGGUUGCCGAGAAUGCCGAUGCCGCGUUCAGGUCUACGACCAUCGAAGUAUCGGCAGGGAUGUACAUGCAAGAGUCGCUCGAGCUGGUUUGCAAGCGACGCGAACUGAACCCUAAGGACUAUGCGCUCCUACUCAAAGACCCAGUCAUUCUUAUCCCUCUUGACCGUACCGUUGCCUCCCUCCAGGGCAAGCGCGACCUCACGCUCGUGAAGCGCUCGAUGCUGCCUUCGCUUGGGAUUGAGCCAGAAAGCAAGACAACCCGUGGUAUUGAUCCUAAUGCUUCGAUUCUGAAGCGGGCGUCGGACGUGCCAGAAAUACAGCUGAGUGCGAUGAUGGACUACACGAACGCAUACAAGAAAUAUACCAUCUACCGCAAAAUGCCUAUGCUCGCUCGUCAAGAACGUACCCUCGCGAUCGACGGGGAGUAUGUCCAUAUUAUGCCGUCAGCGAACAACGCCAACAAAGCACGCGUGGUGUUUGACUCUGGAAAGACCAUUUCGUUCCACAUCAAGUCGAUCGUUGAGUGCCAGCAGUCCACCAAGAGCUCGGUGCUAUUCAAGAUCAUUAUUCCACGUGAGACACGCAAUAAGCGGUAUGAUUUCGAGGCAGACACACCGCGUCUAGCGAGCGAGAUUGUGCAGACAAUCAGACAGCUAAAAACAUCACUUGAACGUGCUGGGGCCAACAAGAGUACGAGGAGGAGCCGGCACGUUGUAUGAGAUUAUGAGAUACUCGCAUAGGAUACUGUACUUUUACACAGCCCUUACAACUGAAAGUUUGUGAGAUGGCGUGGAAAAUCAAAUACUACUGUAGUUUUUCG